AUGGCUUCUCGCUAUGUCGCUGUAUCAAAGCCACGACUCCUCAAACACUACAGACUCUUCAAACCCCACUACCGUUUCUAUUCAUCAACGGAUAAACCCCGAAAUGAAAAAUACCCAGAUCCGAAAGCACACCUUUCGACCCGAGAAUCACAAGCCGGGAUGAUUAAGAAUGGGCAAUCAAGAAUCGCCGGUGAGAUCAAUCGUCAUCCACAAAUGAUUGAGGAUGCAAUUUGCAGAAUGAUGGAAGAUGACGAUUGGGCGACCCGUUUGCAGAGCUCGAUUACAAAUUUUGUUCCUCUGCUUGAUCACAAUCUUGUUUACAAUGUAUUAAAUCGAAACCCUAGUCGUGCUUUACGAUUCUUCCAAUGGGUGGAAGGAUUUGGGUUUAAGCAUGACAGAGAAACACAUUACAAAAUGCUUGAGAUUUUGUGUAAAGAUCGAAGGCUUGAGGAUGCUAAACGGAUUUUGUUGAGUAUGUCUAAAAAGGGUCUUGAUUACGAUGAACAUUUGUUUGUUCUUAUGAUCCAUGGUUAUGCAAAGAGCAAUCGCAAAUGGGACAUUGUUAAGAACUGUGUUAAAAUUUUCAUGAAAAUGGAGGAAUUGGGUGUGCCCAGAACGAUCGAGUCGUAUCAUCCUUUGUUGCAGGUGAUCAUAAAUGAAAACAAGUUCAGGAUGGCUGAGAAGUUCUUUGAUAAAAUGUUGUCUGAAGGUGUAGUUCCAACUCAACAUACUUACACACUCAUGAUUUCGGGUUUCUGUCGUUCAUCAAGAGUUGAGACAGCAAACCGGUUCUUUGAAGAUAUGAAAAGUCGAAAACUUUUUCCUGAUUUCGUUCUUUAUAACACGAUGAUUAAUGGAAAUAUUCAGAUGAAGAAAGUGGAGGAGGCAGAGAAGCUCUUGAUGGAGAUGAAGGAUCGAAAGAUGGAACCACAGUUGGUUACUUAUAAUUCAAUGAUUAACGGGUAUUCUCAGGUUAGAAAAAUGGAGGAUGCAGAGAAGAUCUUGGUGGAGAUGAAGGCACGAAACUUGGAGCCAAACUUGAUUACUUACAAUACGAUGAUAAAUGGGUACACUAAAGUUCAGAAAAUGGAAGAGGCAGAGAAACUUGCUGUGGAGAUGAAGGGAAGAAACAUAGAACCAGAUUUGGUUACUUAUGCGACUAUGAUUAAAGGGUACGUUUCAGCUAAUAGAGUAGAUGAUGGAUUGGAGUUGGUUGAAGAGAUGAAAAGGAAAAGAUUUGGGAGUAAGGUGGAUGUUUAUUCAUCGUGUUUGGGUGGAUUGAAAGAGGAUUGUAAUGUGGAGGAAAUGUCGGAAGCUCAGAGAAACGUGUUGAAGGGGGUGGAGGAUCAUGUGGAGAGGCUGGAACUGUUGGCAAUGCGCGAUGCAGCACGCGAGUUGAGUGAAUUGGCGAGUCGACUAGCUGCUGAUAGACAAGAACAGGGGACAUAGCAAGGAAAAAUCAUAUAUUUUGCGAGUCUGAUAUCAAAAUACUAAU